CCCUAUGGGCUUGUCUAUGGGAAGGCGUGUCAUUUGCCAUUAUAGCUAGAGCACAAGGCCUUCUGGGCCUUUAAGUUGCUAAACUUGGAUUUGAGUGUUGCAGGUACUGAACGUAAGCUGCAACUGUUGGAGUUGGAGGAAUGGCGUUACCACGCCUACGAGAACACCCUGCUCUAAAAGAGCGAACCAAGCGUCUCCACGGCACUCGGUUGAAUGUCCCGAAGGAGUUUCAGGUAGGUGAUCGUGUUUUUCUCUUCAAUGCACGCCUAAAACUCUUCCCGGGCAAGCUAUGUUCGAGGUGGUCGGGACCCUUCAUGGUCACCCAAGUAUUCCCACACGGUGCGGUGGAGAUCAGCAAUGCUCAAAUUGAGCCGUUCAAAGUGAAUGGCCACCUCUUAAAGUUGUACUUGGGAGGUGAUAUCGAGCGCGCAGAGCUGCUGAUCAAGCUCGAGGACCCUUAGUUCCUCUACUGGCAUCCAGCUAAAAGACGGUAAAGAAGCGCUUGUGGGGAGGCAACCCCACCACGGUUAGCGUUUCUGCCCUUUUUCCUUUUCACUUUUGUCGGUUUUAGAGUCUUUGAGUCCGUCUAGAGUCUAUCUGGAAUGUUUUUCGUGCCUCGGGUGGUCUGUUUUUGUCAGUGGUGGUGUUUAUUUUCGAGCCGGGGCACAAAUGGUUUUGGGUGUCAGAAAGAGCAGUUUAAAAUUGUUGACAGGGGACCCUCGGCAGUGCAUUUACGGGCAAGGGGGACACAACUACGGUCGUAGUUGCUUCCCCCCUGCCCGUAAUUCAGUCAGAAGAGGGGAGAAGCCUCGGCAAUGCAUUUACGUGCAAGGGGGGCUCGAUUACGGUCAUAGUUGCUUGACAGUAAUUCAGCCCCUAAUUCGACCUGACACUUAAAUCACUGAUAGCGUCGUAUUUGCACAUGUUUUCACUCUUGUUUCCUGACCAGUUUAGCUCGAACUUGUGGUUUCUUGGCCUAUUUUACGCUAGGUUGUGUUGUUUUGUCGUAUUUCAGGUCCUAGCAAGUAAAGGGAUGCAUAGGCGCAAGUUUCGGGUCAUUUGGAGGUCACUUGGCGAUUCAAGAUGCAAAUUACGGGCAUCCCCUGCACAAUUACGAGCGUAAUUGCUUCUGUCCUGACCGUAAAUGCAAUGCCGAGCCAAAUCCCUAAGAAUGUCUAUCGCAGAGCAAAUUACUGGCAAUAGUGGACUCAUUUACAGUCGUAAUUUCAUAAUUACUGGCAGUAAACUGAAAAAAAUGACGACCGUAAUUCCCUUCCUUAGAGUUAAUCGAAACGCGCGUUUUGGGCGAAAUACGGGCAUACCAUGUUUACGACUGUAUUUCAGCCCGUAUUUCGCCCAGAAUCGGGGUUUUGAGGUAGAUUCGAGCCAAAGGAGUAGGGGUGUUCAAAUGGUUACCAUGGUUAUUACCAAAUCAAAUAAGACUAAAUUUCAUUAACCAUGGAAUACAAUAUCAUAACCAAACCGUCUAAACUAAUACAACAACCAAAUAAACCAAAUUAAAGUUU